CAGGUGCCCGCCACCACGCCCAGCUAAUUUUUGAAUUUUUAGUAGAGACGGGUUUCACCGUGUUGGCCAGGCUGGUCUCGAACCCCUGACCUCAAGUGAUCCUCUCUUCUGGGCCUCCCAAAGUGCUGGGAUUACAGGCGUGAGCCACCACACCCAGCCAGUUUCUUCAGCAUUUCUGACUUUUUUACUCCAAACUGAUUCCUUCAUACAGGUUAAGAAUAGACCCACCAGCAUUUCGUGGGAUGGUCUUGAUUCAGGGAAGCUCUACACCUUGGUCCUGACAGACCCGGAUGCUCCCAGCAGGAAGGAUCCCAAAUACAGGGAAUGGCAUCAUUUCCUGGUGGUCAACAUGAAGGGCAAUGACAUCAGCAGUGGCACAGUCCUCUCCGAUUAUGUGGGCUCAGGGCCUCCCAAGGGCACAGGCCUCCACCGCUACGUCUGGCUGGUUUACGAGCAGGCCAGGCCGCUAAAGUGUGACGAGCCCAUCCUCAGCAGCCGAUCUGGAGACCACCGUGGCAAAUUCAAGGUGGCGGCCUUCCGUAAAAAGUACGAGCUCGGGGCCCCGGUGGCCGGCGCGUGUUACCAGGCCGAGUGGGACGACUAUGUGCCCAAACUGUACGAGCAGCUGUCUGGGAAGUAGGGGGUUAGCUUGGGGAUCUGAAGUGUCCUAGAGGCCCCAAGCCCUGUUCCCUAGUUCAGUGUUGCAUGUAUAAUAGAUUUCUCCUCUUCCUGCCCACCUCAGCACAGAUGACACCUGACCAGUCAGAUGGUGUUUGAGGGUGGCUUUUCCUGCUGCCUGACCUUUCUAAUUUUACUCACUCACUCUGAUUUAUGUUUUGAUCAAAUUUGAACUUCGUUUUGGGGGAUAUGUUGGUACUGUGAUGGGGUCAUCAAAUUGUUCAUCUGAAAAUAGCAACCCAGAAUGUAAAAAAGAGAAAAUCGGGGAGGAGGGUGAGAAAGACCAGUUCUAUAGUGACAGAGCAAAGCGUCAAAUAAUCUUUAAGGGAGGUUAAAAAAAAAAAAAAGAUUGGUUGCCUCUGCCUUUGUGAACCUGAGUCCAGAAUGGUACACAAUGUGUUUUUAUGGUGAUGUCGCUCACCUAGACAAGCAGAGGCUGGCACUGAGGCUGACCCCCAACACGGUACAUCUCAGAUGCCUCGACAGGCAUCAGCAUGUCGCUGUGCCCCCUUUAAAGAGCAGUCCUGGAAGAGGCAGGAGGAAGAGUAGCUUUGCUGCCGUUGGGACGUGGCCAUGGAGACCAGCAGCAGCGCUCGCUGACAGCUUAGGAGGAAUCCUUACAUCUUUGUCUGUUAAAUUGAUCGUUCUCAUGGGGGUCAGAAAAGCUGGUCUGGAAUUGCUGAAUGUUGCAUUAAUUGUGCUGUUUGCUUAUAGUUGAAUAAAAAUAGAAACCUGAAUG